CAUAUGAAUCAUAUGACUACAGAACCGCUCAAACUUCCUGUUUGAGCAGCACGAGCGCAACAGAGCGAAAGCAACACUGAAUCCUCCAGCAAAACAACAGACAACUCUUUUUACGGAGACGAUGCGCAUACGCUGCAUAUGAUGGAGACGGUGAGUGGAGUCAAGAGGAGUUUGAUCAGUACGCCUUCUGAUGUCCCGACCAUCAACCAAGAACAUGGACCGUCCACAGAUGACGUCAGAUCCGUCCAGCGUCGCAUGCCAUGUUUCGUGUACAUCCUCACCGGCUUUUCGGCUCUGGGUGGGUUCCUGUUCGGUUAUGAUACAGGUGUGGUGUCCGGAGCCAUGCUGCUGCUCAAGAAGGAGAUGAACUUGAGCUCUCUAUGGCAGGAGCUGCUGGUCUCCGUCACUGUUGGUGCCGCGGCCCUGUCAGCUCUGGCUGGAGGUUAUCUCAACGGGAUUUUCGGCCGGAGGAUCUGCAUACUGCUCGCCAGCUUCAUCUUUUGUGCAGGCGGUAUUAUUCUAAGCGUCGCACCUAACAAAGAGGUUCUUCUUUUUGGACGGCUUAUAGUUGGGCUGGGUUUAGGUAUUGCAUCCAUGACCGCACCCGUGUACAUCGCUGAGGUUUCUCCUCCUCACCUCAGAGGCCAGCUGGUCACCAUUAACACUCUGUUCAUCACCGGAGGGCAGUUCAUAGCCAGCGUGGUGGAUGGGGUCUUUAGCUACCUGCAACAUGACGGCUGGAGAUACAUGCUUGGGUUGUCGGCUGUUCCUGCUGCUUUGCAGUUCUUCGGGUUCCUCUUACUCCCCGAGAGUCCUCGCUGGCUCCUGCAGAGGGGGGAAACCGAGAAAGCUCGGCUGGUGCUCGAUCAGAUCCGUGCCGGUGUAAAUGUGGAAGAGGAGUACGAAAGCAUACGGAGCAGCAUUGAGGAGGAGACGAAUGAUGCUGGUGAUGGUUCGGUGUUGUGGCGCAUGCUGACGUAUGCUCCAGUACGACGUGCCCUGAUCGUGGGUUGUGGUCUACAGAUGUUCCAGCAGCUUUCUGGAAUCAAUACAGUCAUGUAUUACAGCGCUACCAUACUGCAAAUGUCCGGAGUACAGGAUGAUCGGACGGCCAUCUGGCUGGCUUCUGCCACAGCCUUCACCAACUUCCUGUUUACUCUGUUGGGGGUGUGGCUCGUGGAGAGGGUGGGCCGCAGAAAGCUCACACUGGGAAGUAUACUGGGUACCGCUGUAAGUCUGAUGGUGCUUGCUGCUGGUUUCCUGCUCUCUGCUCAGGCCUCUCCACCCGUGACCUUUCACCCCAGUGACCCAUCUCUCCACAACUCCUCAUGCAAUACAUAUGGGUUCUGUGAAUCGUGCAUGUUGGAUCCAGGUUGUGGCUUCUGUUAUGGGAAAAAUGGCACAGCUGUAGUAGAGUCCUCCUGUCUGCCAGUAGAUGUGGCCAACACUGAAAGCGCUGCAGCGGGCAGGUGUUCCAAUGGCACUCAAGAAAGCACAAGUGCAUUCUGGGCCUAUAACUUCUGCCCAACAUCAUACUCUUGGAUUGUUCUGAUGGGUUUAAUUCUGUAUUUGGCUUUAUUUGCCCCAGGAAUGGGUCCUAUGCCAUGGACGGUGAACUCAGAGAUUUAUCCGCUGUGGGCUCGGAGUACAGGGAACGCCUGCUCUGCCGGGGUCAACUGGAUCUGUAAUGUUCUCGUGUCUUUGACCUUCCUCCAUGUGGCUCAAUACCUCACGUACUACGGAGCGUUCUUCUUGUACUCCGGUCUGGCUCUGCUGGGCUUUGUGUUCGUGGUGGGCUGUCUGCCGGAGACCAAAGGGCUGCGUUUGGAAGAGAUCGAGUCUCUGUUCGGCAGGAGACUCUGCACUUGUGGCGCCGGGAGCCAGGGCGUCCACUACAUCAGGCCUCGGCUGGAGUUGGGAGCGUUGCGUUAUGGUACACUGGAACCAGAGGGAAGAAUUGCCUACAUAUCAGUGAGUACAAGUUUUUUGGAGAGUUAACUUAAUUCAAUAUCAAUGGUUUGUGGAAACUCUUAUUUGAAGGGGAAGCUCACACAAAAUAAGUAACAAAGAAAGAUUCAUAAUCCCACAUCCCAAAUGGCUCUCACUAAAUCCUUGGUGUUUCGAGUCUUAUGAAACCCUAACCGAACCCCAACUUUCUAAACUACCCAUGGUUCUUAAACUUGCCAAAAAAACAUGGCUGCGUGAUGACGUCAGACUCGAAACCCCAAUGAUUAAGUGAGAGCCCAUCCCAAAUGCUGAAAGAUUUUUUUUCUGAGUGAACCAACCCCAGUGCUUACUUUGUAAAUUCCGAGGUGCCGGAACAAGGGGGCGUGGCAGAUCCGGUGUUCUGUCGAUUUUUGCUACCCAUCAGAUUUUGCUACUCUCCUGCUGUGAUUGGGUUGGGGGAGGGGUGAGUUAGGUUAGUCCUGUUCUGUAUGGAGGUAGCAAAAUUCGUCAGAAUGCCAGCACAAAUUAAGCCCUGACUAACCCUAAAUGAAAUGCUUUUGAUUGGCAGAAAAAACUUUAUAGAACUUUAUAUUGUUUAUAGAACAAUCAAUUGAAGUCGACCUGUUUGAUUUAUUUUUAUUGAUAUUAAGGUAGUGUUAUUUAAUGCCUGUUAAUUAUUUUUCUACUGUAGUUGCAGUAAUGAUGCCCUUGUGUGUGGACAUGAAGAUUUAUUCAUCUGUAAUGUAUACAAGUUGUAAGAUUGUUUUAGAAUCUUACAUUAUUGGGGUACUUCAUAUGACUCUAUAUGUGAUGGUUUUUGUUUUAUUUAAAAAUAAUUCUUAAAGAAUGUAUCAAAUUACUUUAUGAAUAAAAAUAUGCCGUCUGUAAUGCAAAGCACAGUUACAUACAAUAGGAGCAUUUUUUGGAUAUUUUAGCCAACAUUUGCUUAAUUUUCAACGACAAAGAGAGAAACAUUUUUGACCCUAUUUGGUUUUAAAUUGCUGCUGUUCUUUAUUUCCAAUCUGUGCAAUGAUGCAUUUGUAUUUUCAUAUUAUAAAUAAAUUAAACAAUUUUCUGUU